GUGUUGUUGAAGCGGGAUUCUACUGUGGCGAACACUUGUUCAGCAUCGAUGGAAUGCUGAACGUAACAACUUUCGGUAGCGAAUCGUGUGUAGCGAUGAAGCCGCCGUGGUGAAUUUACCCGUUUGGUACUUCCUUUGAUGUGCUGACACCGGUCAGCCAGCUAGUGGGUGAAGCCUUGAGGCAACCUAGCGUGAUUCAGCACCCAACACUAAGGCACCAGUCUAUGUUGAAACUGUAUAGCUUCAAGACGCAGUGUAUUCGCAUGGAGAGUGAGGCGGGGCUUGCACGUCUCGGCCCCCUAUCGAGUCUAUGUCUCUCAGUAGUCAUCUUUGACACGGAUGCAAACAAAGCAUUCGAGAAUCGUUGAGAGAAGCUUGAACCAUAAGGCCUUUUAUAGCUACCUUAUGUGUCGUACCCCCCACGGCCCUGGGUUAGGCACACCGUCUUGUGUUGGUUGGGUGUGUGGAUGUAGCGUGGGCUUGCUGCUCCGAGGACAAACAAGAAUGAGGGAGGUCAACGCUACGCACGUUAAAUCUCGGCGUCGCAUCACCUAGCCAGCCGAAAGACGUGAGCCGACCGCGCUGACUCCCGUCGUCGCUGAGCUCGGAUGGCCGGGAACAGGCACAAAGGGAUUCGUUUGUGAAUCGUCCAGCGGUCACGGAAUUUCGCAGUUCAGAAUCGGGGAUCCACGGUUUUGUGCACGUCCUUUCCUUGAUUUGUAAGAUGUUGGCAGUAGUUGAUUUUGGUCAUUUAUCGCGCGCAAGUGAGAGGUAAUUUGUUUUGGUUAACCAAUGGCGACAAGUAUGCCGUUCUUGUAGUGACCCAUCUUCGCACUUGUCAAUGCAGAACAACGAGUCAAACAUGGUCGGGUCUUGCUUUUUUCGUGCACCGGUCAAUUAGUCCCGAACAUGGAACGAAGUAACCGUUUGAGGCAAGUGGCCAAACGCCUUGGGCUGUGGUCCGUAUUUGUUCUGCUCUCUGUCGGCGGCAUAUUCCCCGUGAGAGCCUCUCAGGAAAAUAAGAAUUUAGGAAAAAGCAGAGAUUAUGGCAGAUCUGGUCCCGACUCGCCUGCCAGACCUUCACCACAGAUUCUUGACACCGAAGCUACAUUCGGACCUCUGAGGGAGGGUGAAGGCAGAGUGAGAAGCAUCGUAGAGGCACUGGAGAAACGUGCCAUCGACGUAGGUGCAUGGACACCAAUUCCAGCUCCUGCAGGGCCUAUGGGAGUGAUCCGAAGCAUUACAGGAAGCAACCAACAGCAGAAAGGGCAGCUGGGGCCCCGUCGUCUCGUGGAUCCACGUGACAGUGACUCCUCGGUCCCUAAACCACCUAUCAGCGAACCAACACAAUAUGGUCCCUCUCGGAUGCCAGUUUCUGCUACCCUUGUGAGCCAGACCGUUGCUACGUUCUCUCCCUUAAUGACUGGUCCGCGAGGUGGAGUCCCCCAAACCCCUCAACUCGUCUUGCCAGUACCUGUGUCAGGGCCCACACAACAGGGGCCAAAGGCGCAGAGCACCUUGUCCACUUACCAGGCAAGGGAUCACGACUGAAAGGUCGUGAAAGCCUUCGAGGGUUAUCAGGAGAGAAGCGGUGUCGCGUCGUGGGCACGUACAAAGCCACAGGUGGAGAAGGGCGGCGUGCUCGACUGUCGUCUGUGCCCGUGAACGCUACCGUGAGGUGAAUGAAGUACCCAGGUCGGCUCUUGUAUUCGUUUGUGACAUUAUAAGCGUGUCAACCGGUGCUGACGACUCAAACGACGCGUUUUCAAAGGUGGUCGUGAACCAGAGUACGUGACUGCAUGUAUCGGAUCGUCUCCCGGUGCGUAGGAUGAAGAAAAUAGGGUUAUAGGGUCGGAGAUGGGACAACAUUGGCAGUUCGGUUUGCUGAAGCGUCUUGUAUUCAUAUUCGUCGUGUGGUGAACGGCUGAACUUCAGCAAAGUUUUUCUCGCAGAUGAACGAAUAGCAGUUGCAUUUCGUUCCGGCUGGCUAAAUUUCUGUAGUCGACGCGGUCACCAAGGACGUUCGGUCGCCAUGACCGAAGUGGCUGGUACCAGGGGUAAUGAUUCCCGCAGAAGGGCAGUCUUUUGGAGAGCGAACAAAGUGCACAAAUGAUACGAGCUAACACACCAUUCGUGCAAGGGAAUAUGUUCAACUCCCGGCGAACGCUUCCUGCCGGCUGUGAGAUGGCAAUUCGACAUCGGAGUGUAUUAACGCACUCCUUCAAAUAAGCGGAUUGGAUAUUACCCUUUCUUACUUGCCUUAGCACCUGCCCAUCUGCUCUAAAAUUAUUUUACUGCUACGCUUUGCUUUUUGUAGAGCAAUUCCUGUUUAUGCUUGCGAAGUAGUAUCUCGGGCGUUUACCCAAAAUGGAAUCAAUGCCACUGGAAGCGACACUUUCCGCUCGGGUAUCUACUGUGCCGUUGAUGAUGCGAGGAGAGCUGGCGCUUGUUGAACAGCAGCAACGCCUGCGAUGGUCUGGUUUGAUAUGGGAGCCGGCGCCAUGGAAGUGGUCCGAUUCGCCUCAACUGCAACUUGAAGGGGAGACUGUCUCUCGGGUUAUUUCGAAACACAGGAGACUGGUGCAGAAAUGCGUCUCCCUGGAAACAGAGUUGAACUAGUUGUCCCUCUUUACCUAAUUGAGUAGCAUGCAAAUAAAUUAGUGUCCUGACUAAUGUAAAUACACCGCUGCUACUUCACGGGACACCGGACAGACUGUAAGAACCCUAGAGAGCUGAGGGUGUCCUCAUCAAAAGUAUUGACCGGGCAGCAAGAACCUACGCAUCUCUGAUUAUUCAAUCAUGUAUCAUGCGCUUCCAUUUCUGGCUACGGUCCAAAACUCUGAGGGACACUCAGUUGAGACAUGCGGCUAUUUCGCAUGCACACCGGAGUCAACCAUCAGCUUGAUGGAGGCCAGUGUGUCAACAAUCGCCAACAAAGUUUCUGGCGUUGCACUAAGAACCGACGAGUGGCGGGAAUGAGCAUUAAUUUCACCCAGUUAUUUCUUUGUUUUGCUGGGGUUCUCCGAUGCGUAAGCGUAAGAUAGAUAGACGUUCGUCCUCAUCACUUCUGUCGGUGAUUAGUUCGGUGUGGCGGCAACCCCCUAAUGCAGCUUGAUGCAAAACAACGUUUGAGGCCUGCGAUGGCAUGCAAAGAAAAUGUGUGUCUAUCUGUGUCUAGAAGUUCUGCAUGGGUCAUGCUGGGUAUCAGUCGGAAAGAAAAGCUGUCUCUUCGUGUCUUCGUUCCCUGGACGUUUCUAUAGUGAGGCAGAGCCCUCCUAAGACUGAGGAAGCGUCCUAGUUACCACACACCCCUCGUCACGUGUUUCGAAGAGAACCAAAUGCUGUAGCGGAAAAAGACGUCCUUUCACGUUGUCUCACGUGU